UUAAAGUGAGUUUUGAGAGCUGCGGAGGAUGAAGCCGCUCCACUUCUGACGAGGAUCUUUAGUUUGAAACGCUGUGACACUUUUGGGGGAUUAUUGUGGAGUCACAGCAUGGAUAAGACUCAUCUUGCGAGUACUAAUGGCCUCAUCAUGGCGAGCUCCACAGGCCCAUAUCAACAGGAGCCUCUGACUCCACCGAGAUCCACCCACCUCCACUCCUCUUCUUCUUCAUUAUCCUCUCCCUCAUCCUCCUCGUCCUCCUCACCCCUCAAGCCCAACCAGGUGGGACAAGUUAUCCUCUAUGGCGUUCCAAUCGUGUCACUGGUCAUCGACAACACAGAGCGGCUCUGCCUGGCUCAGAUCUCAAACACACUCCUGAAGAACUACAGCUACAAUGAGAUUCAUAAUCGCCGUGUGGCGUUGGGUAUCACCUGUGUCCAGUGCACUCCGGUUCAGUUGGAGAUUCUCCGUCGGGCCGGCGCCAUGCCCAUCUCAUCACGCCGUUGCGGUAUGAUCACUAAGCGGGAAGCUGAGCGACUCUGCAAGUCCUUCUUGGGCGAAAACACACCACCUAAACUCCCAGACAACUUUGCCUUUGAUGUUACACAUGAGUGUGCAUGGGGUUGCCGUGGAAACUUCAUCCCGGCACGCUACAACAGCUCCAGGGCGAAAUGCAUCAAAUGCGCCUUCUGCAACAUGUAUUUCUCCCCAAAUAAGUUUAUUUUCCAUUCUCACCGCAUGCCGGAUGCCAAGUACACCCAACCUGAUGCUGCCAACUUCAACUCCUGGCGGCGCCACCUGAAGCUCACUGACAAACGGCCACCUGAUGAACUGGUUUACGCGUGGGAAGAUGUCAAAGCUAUGUUCAACGGAGGCAGCCGGAAAAGGGCUCUGCCCUCUUCCCUCGGAGCUGUGAAGGCCCUUCCAGGCUCAGUGAUGCCUCACAUGAUGGGACCUGACCUGAGCGCUCAGAAACGAGCUCGCUUUGAAGAUGAUGACGACGUGGAUGGAGACAGUUUGUCUCCCAGAAAAACUCCCCGUAGUUACCCUGUCAUCCCCGUCCCAAGUAAAGGUUUCGGCAUGUUGCAGAAGUUCCCACCCACAUCACUCUUCCCCUCACCAUACCCGUUCCCAGCGUUCGGCCUCUGCCAGCAGAAAAAAGAGGACAGUGACGUGUCAGCUGGGCAGAAAGGGGCGGGGUUGUCAGGACUCUUGUGGCCGGGCCGUAAAGACACUUUUUACCCUCCUUUCUGUAUGUUUUGGCCCCCAAGAGCAGCCGGUGGGAUCCCCGUUCCUACAUACCUCCAGCCGCCGCCCACUGCCCUCUCCUCACUGACAGAGAACCCCUCCCUCAGACAGGCCUUCCUGGAUCUCUCAGACCCCAACGAGCCUGGGGCGCCAAAUCCUGUCAGCAUGACUAUGGGGGGAAGUAGCGGAACCACCGCUCCUCGAUCUGGGCUCUUUGACACUGACUGCCCAACAGUGCCCCCUGACCUUCGGCCUGUGACAUCAGAAGGGUGGCUGAAGCUCCUGGAUGCUCCAGCUCUCCAAAACAGGAAGCCAAGUUAUGGCUCGGCCUUCCGGCCUGUGGUCAAGGAUGCUGAGAGCAUAGCCAAACUCCACAGCAAUGGCACAGGAGUCGGCACAGAGGAGGACUUUGGGGUCAUGAUCGCUGGGUCUGACAGGCACCAGCGGUUGUCACCCACCAGCAGCUGUAGUUACGGAAGCGAAAGUGGUGGGGACGGAGAAGCAGACGGAGGGGAGAGUGAGGAAGAGGGGGAUGUGGACGUUGAGUCAUCCAAGCAGGACGAAGAGAGGGAGGAUGUGGGGAGCUUUGCGAGCAGGCCGCCACACACCAACUUGUACCUCCCCGUCCUGAGCCAAGGCGCAGGAGAGGAUCGGGAGAAGGAGAGAGGGAGUGCUGCUGUGUAUCCCAGUGCCUCCCCCCGCUCCUCCUCUGACCUCAUCCAGCAGGAGUCCCCCAGCCUGCCCGCCUCCCCUCCUGCCAGUCUGCCGCUCUCCAGCUCCACGCCGCCUCAGCGAGAGGAGCCGUCUUACAAAAACAUUCAUAAAAACAGGGAUGAAGGACUCCCUGUGUACGCAACCAAAGACACUAACAGUAUUUCUGAUGAAAACAAAGAGCAAAACAGUUUCUUUGUAGCAGACAGUGAGACAUCAGCGCCAAACUACUGGAGGGAGACUUCAGGUGAUCAAAGUCAAAAUGCUGCAUCUCCUGUGCCACUGAAGAAGGAUGUUGAGAACAUGGAAAAAGAGGAGCUACAGAAGGUUCUGCUGGAACAGAUUGACUUCAGGAGGAGGCUGGAGCAGGAGUUUCACGCUCUGAAGGGCACGUCACCUUUCCCAGUCUUCCAGAAUUUUCAGGACCAGAUGAAGCGAGAGCUGGCCUACAGAGAGGAGAUGGUCCAACAACUGCAGAUGAUUCCUUAUACAAACAUCAUCCGUAAAGAAAAGAUCAACUCCCACCUUAAUAAAUAA